AUGGAGGUUCUGCAAUGUGAUGGCUGUGAUUUCCAAGCUCCAUCCUAUGAAGACCUAAAAGCUCACAUUCAGGAUGUUCAUACUGCUUUUCUGCAGCCAACAGAUGUCUCUGAGGAAAACCGUAGCGAGUUGAGGUCUGACUCCAUGAAUGCUAACAACCAGACUGAGACAGAAUUUUCUUUUCUAAAGGAUGAAUUUAUAACUGCAAAUGAAAUAGCAGGACAAAAUACAACAAGUCAGAUGGGAACUGGAAGUUAUUAUAGCCAGAGCCAAAAUUUUUAUGGUCAGCAUAUGGCUGCAAAUCCUAAACCAACCAACAAGUUUUUCCAGUGCAAAUUCUGUGUGCGUUACUUCCGAUCUAAAAACCUUCUCAUAGAGCACACUCGCAAGGUUCACGGAACACAAGAUGGGGGAAGCUCAGUAGGGUCACACACUGCUGGAUCCUUAAAUUACAACAUCAUGAUGCAUGAGGGAUUUGGUAAAGUUUUCUCUUGCCAGUUCUGCACCUACAAAUCACCAAGGCACACAAGGAUUAUUAAGCACCAGAAAAUGUAUCACAAAAAAAAUCUGAAGGAGAGUUUAACUCUUACUGCUACCUCUGCUGUAUCUGAAUUGACAUCUGCCUCUGUGCCAGUGCAGGAACCCUGCAAGGAAUUGCCUGAGGAGGUGGUAGAACGGAGCAUUUUGGAGUCCAUGGUCAAACCUCUAACAAAGUCCAGAGGCAACUUUUGCUGUGAGUGGUGCAGUUACGAGACACCUCGAAGGGAGCGCUGGUGUGACCAUAUGAUGAAGAAACACCGCAGCAUGGUGAAAAUACUGUCAUGUUUGAGGCAGGAACAAGACAGAACUAGUGUGCCUGAUAUGCAGAAUAAGAUAGCCUGGAAUGCCUCCCCAAACUCUACUUAUAUCUCUAUGAAUAUGACAGGAUGUGAUAUGUUGAAUGCUGAUGUCUCAAACUUCAGAAGCUCUAUGGGCAAUUCUCUUAUCAGGUCCAACUCUUCUAUAUCCUCUAAGUUUUAUUCUGUGUCUUAUCCUCAAAUGAAGUCUAAAUUACCUCACAACUUCGGCAUGGUCCAUUUGCCUGACAGAUCCCACUAUGGAGUUGCUGACAUGACAAAUUCCUCUGCUGACUUGGAAACAAGCAGUAUACUAAAUGACUCCAGCUCAGACAAAGAGCUAAAUGAAGUGGACAGUGAGAAUGGUUUGAACUCAGUGGACAACCAGACUUCAGGAAUAUCUGCAAAGCAACUGAUGGGAUCUAAUGGCAACAAGCUGUUGGAAACAAAAGGGAUUCCCUUUAGAAGAUACAUGAACAGGUUCCAAUGUCCUUUUUGUCCUUUCCUCACAAUGCACCGCCGAAGCAUCUCCCGUCACAUUGAGAAUAUCCACCUAUCUGGGAAGACAACUGUAUACAAAUGCAAUGAGUGUCCUUUUACCUGUAAGAGUUUGUUAAAGCUUGGAGUUCAUAGGCAGUGUCACACACAUACGACAUCAGACUGGGACACUGUGAAUUCUCAGAGUGAAAACAUUGUCUCCUCUUUGAAUGACAACAUGAUUUUUUCUGAAAAUGGAACUAUAAAUGAAAGAAAGUCAGCUGGGAUGAUGGAAACAGUGCAGCAGCAACAGCAGCAGUUGCCUCAACCCCAUUUACAGCAUCCUUAUAAGUGCACAAUGUGUAACUAUUCUACCACUACUUUGAAAGGUCUCAGAGUUCAUCAGCAGCAUAAACACUCAUUUUGUGACAACUUACCAAAAUAUGAUGGACUACCAUCCAACAUGCCUCAAGAGAGCGAGGCAGAUGCUCUUACCUCUGUCAGCACAGUGAAGAAAACUCAGACCUCAAUUCUUGGUCUCUCAUCUAAAAAUAACUUUGUUGCUAAGGUCACUCGGAAGGUGUCAAAUGACUGCCCUUUGGAUAUCUCACCAGUGAAGAAAAGAACUAGAAUUGAUGAAAUAGCAAGCAACCUGCAGAGCAAAAUAAACCAAAACAAGCCCCAAGAAGAUGCUGUGCUUAAUGUAGAGUAUUAUGAGGAAGAGGAGGAAGAUGAGGUGGAGAUAGAAGUAGAAUUAGACAGAGAAGAAGAACAAACAAAACCAAUGGUGGAGGUUUCUAGUUCUUAUGCACCCCAGCAAAUGUGGGGGAGAGAGACUAAUGAUUCCCAGAAGGAUGCAAACUUCAUAAACAUGCAUAAUGAUUAUAAUUCCACCAAUGGAGCAGAGAUCGAGCUCACUUUAUCUGAAGAUGAGGAAGAUUAUUUUUCUUCCAUUAACAUGAAAGAUCAACAGAACCCUAAUACCUCUGUUCUGGGAAGCCAGUCAAAUAUGAAUGACCCUCAUCAGAACAACAAAAAUGUGGAAAUUAAUGGUUCUGGCAGGCGUUACAAUUGUAAACACUGUGAUUUUAGCAACAAAUCUGCCAGGAGUGUUAGCACCCACUACCAACGGAUGCACCCCUACAUAAAAUUCAGCUUUAGGUAUAUCUUGGAUCCAAAUGAUCACAGUGCAGUAUACAGAUGUCUUGAGUGCUAUAUUGACUAUAUGAACUUUGAAGACCUGCAGCAACACUACGGAGAGCAUCACCCUGAAGCUAUGAAUAUAUUGAACUCCCAUCACUCUGAUCUGAUCUACCACUGUCACUUCUGUUCUUACACUAGCCCAAAUGUUAGAAGCCUGAUGCCGCAUUACCAAAGAAUGCAUCCAACAGUGAAAAUUAACAAUGCAAUGAUAUUUUCAAGCUAUGUUGUUGAGCAGCAAGAGGGGCUAAACACAGAGUCUCAGACACUGAGGGAGAUCUUAAAUUCUGCUCCAAAAACUAUGGCAACCUCCACCCCUGUGGCUCAUGAGACUAUUGUGCCAGCAAGUUUUAACAAAAGUGCCACAAAGACUUUUAGUCCUGAAUAUGAAAACCAGAAGGCACCUUCGGUCAGUUCUGUGAUUGUUUAUGACUGUGAUGUGUGCUCAUUUGCAAGCCCUAACAUGCAUUCAGUUCUAGUGCAUUACCAGAAAAAACACCCUGAAGAAAAAGCAUCAUAUUUCAGAAUUCAGAAGACCAUGCAUAUAGAAUCUGUUGACAGGGGCUCUGCCCUGGCUCAAAUGUCUUUUGAGAUGGGAGUGUUUGUAUCCUCAAAACUGUCCAACUUGGCUUCUCAACCUCCACCUCCCCCACCACUGCUCCCAGACCUUGCUCCUGAACUCUACUAUUGCAAACACUGUUCAUACAGCAACCGUUCAGUUGUGGGAGUGCUUGUUCACUACCAGAAAAGACAUCCAGAAAUAAAGGUCACUGCCAAGUACAUCAGGCAGGCACCCCCUACUGCGGCAAUGAUGAAGGAUGGUGAGCUGCCACCUGGGAUUCAGAAAAUGCCAGUGUCAGUGCAACAGUUAAGCCAGGGCAGUUCUGAAAGCUCUGCAAAUACCCUUGAGAACGAAAUGUUCUUCUGCCAGCACUGCAAUUAUGGAAACCAGACUGUGAAAGGGGUUCUCAUUCAUUAUCAAAAGAAGCAUCGUGAUUUCAAAGCCAAUGCAGAUGUGAUUAGGCAGCACACAGCCACCAUUAGAAGUCUUUGUGAUCGUAACCGGAAGAAAUCAUCUGGCAGCCUGCCUGCUCACACCUCCAGCACUGAACAGGAUAAGACAAAGCUGAGAGCCCUCAAAUGCAGGCAGUGCAGCUACACAUCACCUUAUUUCUAUGCAUUGAGGAAGCAUAUUAAGAAAGACCACCCAAAUCUGAAGGCCACGGUCACGUCCAUUCUGAGAUGGGCAUUUUUGGAUGGUUUGAUAGAAGCUGGUUAUCACUGUGAAUGGUGUAUUUAUUCACAUACAGAACCCAGUGGUUUGCUUGUGCAUUAUCAAAGGAGACAUCCUGAACAUUAUGUUGACUAUACAUAUAUGGCAACUAAACUCUGGGUAGGUCUAGAUCCUUCCCCUCCUACCCUAGUGAUGCCAACAGAGGCAAAGACCUAUAAAUGCAGAGACUGCAUUUUUGAAGCAUCUUCCAUUUGGGAUAUUACUAAUCAUUACCAGGCUUUUCACCCUUGGACUAUGAAUGGGGAUGAAUCUGUAUUGUUAGAUAUCAUUAAGGAGAAAGAUACUACUGAGAAAAUUGGCACACGACUUGAUGAAGUUAAUGCCAGGAUUAAUUCUGAAAACCAGGUACUAUCACAGAUGGAGCAGGAUGCGGAGGACCCCAGCCUUUCCCAGGAAAAAACUAUUCAACUGACUUCUGCAAACCCUGCCAUCUCCACUCCAUAUCAGUGUACAGUUUGCCAGUCUGAGUACAAUAACUUGCAUGGCCUCCUGACACAUUAUGGCAAAAAGCAUCCUGGCAUGAAAGUGAAAGCUGCUGACUUUGCACAGGACACAGACAUUAAUCCAGGGGCUGUGUACAAGUGCAGACAUUGCCCAUACAUUAACACACGCAUUCAUGGUGUCCUCACACAUUACCAGAAACGGCACCCGUCAGUAAAAGUCACUGCUGAAGACUUUGUGCAUGAUGUGGAACAGUCGAAUCACAUUGCCCAGAAUGACAUAGAAGAGACAUGUAGGAUUUUCAAGCAAGGCUAUGGUGCUUAUCGGUGCAAACUCUGCCCUUACACCCAUGGCACACUUGAGAAGCUCAAAAUUCACUAUGAGAAAUAUCAUGAUCAACCUGAAUUUGAUGUUUUUGUUAAGUCACCACCAAAGGUGUCUGCCUCAGUGGAGCCAGACGUGGUGACUGAAAUCAAGGCCUCCCCAGAAAUUGCUGCUGAUAAUGUUGGAGAAAUCUCUAUCCCAGCACCUCAUUUCUCCACUUCUCACUUAGUGACUCACACAGUGUUCCGGUGUCAGCUCUGCAAAUACUUCUGUUCUACACGAAAGGGGAUAGCCAGGCACUACCGCAUCAAACAUAAUAAUGUUCGGGCACAACCAGAAGGCAAGAACAACCUUUUCAAGUGUGCUUUGUGUUCCUACACCAACCCUAUCCGUAAAGGGCUUGCAGCACACUACCAGAAAAGACAUGACAUUGAUGCUUACUACACUCAUUGUUUAGCAGCCUCCAGGACAGUAAGCGACAAACCCAAUAAAGUGAUCAUUCCAUCCCCUCCCAAAGAUGACACUCUUCAGUUAAGUGAGGAGUUGAGAAGAGCUGUGGAAAAGAAGAAGUGCUCACUUUGUUCCUUUCAAUCUUUUAGCAAAAAGGGUAUUGUGUCCCACUACAUGAAGUGUCACCCUGGUGUUUUCCCUAAGAAGCAGCAUGCAAGCAAACUGGGGGGCUACUUCACUGCCGUGUAUGCUGAUGAAGAUGACAAGUCAACUCCAGCUGAGGAAAGAAAUAACUUUGAAAAGUUUGAGGUGGAGAGCAAGGCUCAGGAAACUGAGUGGCUUCCCUUCAGAUGCAUAAAAUGUUUCAAGCUGUCCUUCAGCACAGCAGAGUUGCUGUGCACUCAUUAUACUGAUCACCACAGCAAGGAUUUUAAGAGAGACUUUGCCAUACUGGGAAGUGGCACUCACUCUCAUAAUGCUGUCUACCAGUGCAAGCACUGUGAUACUAAAUUGCAUAGCAUGGCAGAGCUGACCUCACACUUGAAUAGUCACAAUGAGGAAUUCCAGAAGUGUGCCAAACGUCAGGAGAGAAGGAAACAGCUUUUGAACAAGCAGAAAUAUGCAGAUGGUGCUUUUAUGGAUUUCAAACAAGCGAGGGUUUUUGGACACUUGGAAAAUGCUUCAAACCUUAAGGAGAGGAAAGUAGUAGGCUACAAAUGUAAAUUUUGUGUGGAAGUUCAUCCAACGCUCCGAGCCAUCUGUAAUCAUCUCCGUAAGCAUGUCCGGUAUGGGAAUGUUUCUUCUGUGUCAGAUACAGUAAAGGGUCUGCGAUCUCAUGAGAGGAGUCACUUGGCUUUGGCUGUGUUUACCCGGGAAGACAAAUACAGCUGCCAGUAUUGCUCCUUUGUCUCUGCUUUCAGGCACAAUCUGGAUCGCCAUAUGCAAACUCACCAUGGACACCAUAAGCCAUUCCGUUGCAAGCUUUGUCCAUUCAAGUCCUCUUACAAUAGCCACUUGAAAACCCAUAUAUUUAAAGCGCAUGCUGGUGAACAUGCCUACAAAUGUUUUUCCUGUACAUUUUCCACCAUGACAAUCAGCCAGCUAAAAGAGCAUUCCUUGAGAGUGCAUGGGAAAGCAUUGACAUUACCAAGACCCCGUGUUGUCAGCCUCUCAGCCUCACUUGGCUACUGCACCUCCAAGAAACACACUUCUGCUGAAGAGGUGGAGGACUCUAAUGACUCUUCAUACUCGGAACCUCCUGAUGUUCAGCAACAGUUGAACCACUACCAGUCUGCAGUUCUGUCCAGGAACAAUAACAUCAGCCAAAUCCCACUUUCUGGGAGUGCUGCAGGAAUGGAAAAAACAGAAGCUAUCCUUAACUGUGAAUUUUGUGAAUUCUCCUCGGGUUACAUACAGAGCAUUCGACGUCAUUACCGUGACAAGCAUGGAGGGAAAAAACUCUUCAAGUGCAAAGAUUGUUCCUUUUAUACAGGCUUUAAAUCUGCUUUUACUAUGCAUGUGGAAGCUGGACAUUCGGCAGAUCCUGAGGAAGGACCCAAAGACCUUCGUUGUCCUCUUUGCCUAUAUCACACCAAAUACAAACGUAACAUGAUUGAUCAUAUAGUUCUGCACAGAGAAGAGCGGGUUGUUCCCAUUGAAGUUUGCCGUUCCAAACUGUCAAAAUACUUGCAGGGAGUUGUUUUCCGCUGUGAUAAGUGUACCUUUACCUGCUCCACUGAUGAGAGUUUGCAGCAACACAUAGAGAAGCACAAUGAACUUAAACCUUACAAAUGUCAACUCUGCUACUAUGAGACCAAAUACACAGAGGAACUGGACACUCAUCUUCGAGAUGAGCACAAGGUGAGUCGUAACUUUGAACUGGUUGGACGGGUUAACUUGGAUCAGCUGGAACAAAUGAAGGGAAAAACAGAGAACUCCAGCAGCGAUGAGGAAGAAAAAGAGUCAAGGCACAAGACUGAAGAGAGAGAGUUCAUGAUGUAUGCUGAUGGUGGAGCUCUAGAGAAACGCUUUCCAUGUGAGUUCUGUGGCCGAUCAUUUACAGAGGGCUCUGAGUGGGAACGACAUGUGCUGAGGCAUGGCAUGGCUCUGAAUGAAAGUAAGCAAGGGACCAGAGAGGACAGCAAACUGAAGGAGAACACAGAAAAGACUGUUAAUACACUGACAGUAGAAGAAAAGGAAAACACUGAGAAAAUGGUGGUGGACUUGACCCACAACAGUGAAACUACAGCCAGUGUUGUAGUUGCUGACAAAUCUCUCCAAGAGACCUCAGAGGACAAAAAUGAAUAG